AUGGAUGCGUUGAGCAGCAGUGGUGUGGAAUCAAACACUGCCAGUACGGCGUCAGUCGAUGACGAUUCCAGUCCGCAACGUCAGAAAAUAAGCACUAAAUCGAAAGUGCGCACGCCAGCCGACAAAAAGCAAAGUUCAGAAGAUGAGGAACAAAGUAAAGAAGGCCAACUGGAUGAUAUGAUAAAAGCAUAUACGUCCAUAAUCAGCCACGUAGGCGAGGAUCUGGAACGACAAGGGCUGCUGAAAACACCGGAACGAGCAGCCAAAGCAAUGCUCUUUUUUACCAAAGGAUACGAACAAAAUCUCGAUGGUUCUUAUUCAUCUAAUUUUAGUCGUCGUUUCAAAAUAAUCGGAUUUUAA